CGGCAACACUGCAACGACGGCAACAAGGCGCAGUGGAGAAUAAAUGCGCUCGAACCUUCAGUUUGAAAUAGGCGAUGAACAAAGUUGAAGAUCUGUAAAGUUAAUGUUUAUUCUUCUUUAUGCAGCGUUAUGCAAUAUUUGUGGGUGCUGGAUAAUAAGCUCUACAGUCUACAGUAACUAACAAUGGUAAAUUUAUAAAAUCAUCAAAAUGGAAACAGUGUUGAAAAUUAAAACACGGAGUGGCCGCGAUCCCCAGGAACAGUACCCAUCUGAAAGGAGAUACUCUGCUUCCAGAGUACUUGGACUUAGUGUCAUCUACUUCAUAUUGUGCUUGUUUUCGUUCUUCAUGGCCUUCUUGAUAUUACACAAAAUGACUCUACAUGAACAUUUCGCUAUAAAUUGUGACAACUGCACUAUGACCACCACAAAUUCCACAAUUUCUUUGGUUAUCAUCGACAACUCCACGGAGGAACAAGCUUAUGACAACACAAGAUUAAUUAAAAGAGUUGAAAAAGACCUAAUAUUCACCCAUGAUACCGAUCAUUACAUUAUAAAUAUACCAGGUUUAAUAUGCGGGGUUUGUUUUAUCAUGACCUUGGGUGCUUUCCUGCCAUUUUUGACGGGGCUAUUUGCUUGGAAGCGUUGGUACGAAGAUAACAACAUUACCUUAUUUUUCCUGGCUUCAACCCUAUCCAUUCUAACAUCAGCACUAUGCUUUUUCGUGACCAUUAUCUUUCUGCUGACCACGUAUAAAGAAAAAGAGCACGGUUCUGCUUUGACAAUAAGCGUGGAGUUGAAUAUAGUCAUAGCAUCCGUACUGUUGUUUAUUACAUCCAUAUUAUCGGCUAACAUGGCUUACAAAGGCAAGAAAAACGACUACCCAGACGAUAUGGUGAUCUCCAAGAGAGCUGGUAAAGUGGAAAUCAAAACUGUUACCAAAGGCAGCAAGAAAGGAACAUCACCAGUCGAUAUUAUAAAUCAGUUUCCCAAAACGGAAACCUUAUCCAAGCUCUUCCAGAAAAACGAAAAAAAUGAUUUUCCAAAUGCAGAAAGCAACUACGAGUAUCAAGAAAGAGUUAAUAAUUUUAUUUCCUGCUCUACUGGAUCCAACAAAAAGUAGUUAGUGUUUAAUGACUGUUACUUAAUAUUAUAUAGGAACUGUAUUGUGAUAUUUAUUUGUAUGCAAUCUUGGAUUUUGUACUUCAUUUAAUGUUUAUUUUAUAUUUUAUUUUUAACAGUUUAUUCAGUAAUAUUAGCAAGCGUAUUGCUUUGUUAAAAUAAACGUUAUGAAUA